AUGUUAGUUAAUAGUAUAAAAUUAUCUAAUGAACAAGCCGCUUUAAAAUCACAAUUCACAACCUUAUUCAAAAGAUCUGAAGCUGAGAAUUUCGUUAUUCUUAACAAUAACUUGAGAUCUAAAACUUAUAUCUUAGGGAACGAGUUAGAUGAUGUAGAUUUGGAAGUAUUCAAAACCGUCAAACCAGAAAUCAAGAAAUGGGUAGAUUCUAAUGAUGUUAAAGUCAUUGGUGACAACAGACACACCAUCAGAUGGGGAGAUUUAAUCCAAAAUUUAACUAAUGAUGAUGAUAAAUUCACUAUUCCUUCAGUUGAAUUACCAAGGGAAGUUAAAGAAAAGAAAAAGGAUGCCAAACAAGAAGGUAAAUCAACUAAAGAAGCUGCUCCAGCUAAGAAGGAAACCAAAUCAGAAGCUCCAGCUAAAGAAAAAAAUAACAAAGAACCAAGUGAAGAAGAAAAGAAAGCUAGAGCCGAAGCCAAAAAAGCUGCUAAAGCCGCUAAAGCUAAAGCUAAUGCUGAUAAGGCCGCUGCUGAAAAGGCAGCUCAACAACCUCCAAACCCUUCAAUGAUUGAUUUCAAAGUUGGGUUCAUCCAAAAAGCCGUUAAACAUCCAAAUGCUGAUUCUUUAUAUGUUUCAACUAUUGAUGUUGGUGAAGAAGAACCAAGAACUAUCUGUUCUGGUUUAGUAAAUUACAUUCCUUUGGAAAACAUGCAAGAAAGAUACGUUGUUAUUGUUGCUAACUUAAAACCUGUUGCUAUGAGAGGUAUCAAAUCUGCUGGUAUGGUUUUAUGUGCAUCAACUGAAGGUAAAGUUGAAUUCGUUGAACCACCUCAAGGAUCUAAACCAGGUGAUAAAUUAUUCUUCCAAGAUUUCAACGGUGAACCAGAAAAACAAUUAAAUCCAAAGAAGAAAAUUUUCGAAACUGUUCAACCUUUAUUCUCUACUACUGAAGAAUUCAAAGUUACUUAUACUGAAGAAGGUAAAGAACCUAAAUUCUUGGUUAAUGCUAAUGGUGAUUUCUGUAAGAACUCCACCAUUGUUAAAGCUGAUGUUAAAUAG